AUGAGGCAGGAGAGGCGGAACAGUCUGUCACAGAAGUUAAUGGGCCAGGACAGUGCACACACUCAGAGUCUGUCCCUGGUUCUCACAUCCUUUCUGGAAGGAGCCUCCUCCUUCCCAGAGAGAGGCGUGUCUCCAGAUGGUGCGGCCGCGGAUCUGAGCUCCGAGCCACCGCCGGGCGGCGGGAGGCUCCUCUCCGCUCCCCGCCGAGCCCGCCCGCCGCCGAGAGAAGCGCAGAAAUGCAGCGCGAGGCGCGCGGCUCCAGAUCCCUGGGAGGACGCGGGAGGGCGCCCGGGGGCGGGUCCCGGGCCGGGCUGCCGGAGGUGUCCGGCUUCGUCCCGCCGAAGCCGCGCAGGGAGUGAGGAGGCCGCGGAGGGCGACGGAGAGCAACCAAGUCCUGGUGGGAGACGGCGGCUUCCUCACGGGACCCUGGCUCCUUCUGUCCACGAGUGCCCGGUGGCGCCGAGGAGGCCUGCGUCCCCGGGGAUGCUGUCGCGGGAGGGAGGCUGUUCGCACGUCAGAAAACCGGGAUCUGCGGGCCCUGUGCUGGAAACGGGGCGCGCCAGGCCACUAAGCCCGAGAGGAGAUUCGCGGACUUUUGUGGCCGCGACCUCACCUCCGGCUCCGCGGGCAAGGACGCCGAGGGCCCGGGUGCGGAGCGAGGCCGCGGGGGACUUCUGUGUCCAGGGCGACCUGAGAGGCGGAUCCCUGGGGCUGCCGGACCCCCCAGGCCAGGCGCAGCCGGCCGUGGACAGCGAACCCGGGAGCUCCUGUGUGCGCUCAGUUCCUCCUCCUCCUCGGAACCCCGAGGACGACUGCAACCCGCCAGGCUCCUCUGUCCAUGGAAUCUUCCACGCAAGAAUUCCGGACGGGACUGCCGUUUCCUCCUCCAGCGGAUCGUCCCUGGUCAAGCAUCUACCCCGCGUCCUACCGGCGUGUCUUCUGUGUCUGGCGUUGGCAGGCAGAGUCUGCGCUACUGAGCCUCCUGGGAAGCCCUGGUGCGCUCCUAGCACUGGCCUUUUUCCUCUGAGGCCACAGUGGGACUAUAACACGGCAGAAGGUAAGGAGCGGCUCCGGGUCUACCGCCAGACUCUGUUGGGGGGUCUCAAAGCAGCCACUCUCAGGCCCACUAAUUUGGCUAAGGUAGGUAAUGUACAGCAAGGGAGAGAAGAGAGUCCUGCGGCGUUCCUGGAGAGACGGAUGGACGCAUUCCGUCAGUACACUCCCAUGGACCCUGAGGCAGAAGAUACUAGGUCAGCUUUAAUGAUGCAUUUUAUUAAUCAGUCAGCCCCAGACAUAAGAAAAAAGUUACAGAAGAUAGAUAGAUUAGGUGAAAAAUCUAUUCAGGAUCUGGUGGCAGUAGCAGAAAAAGUUUAUAAUAACCAAGAGACACCUGAAGAGAAGCAGACUAGAGCCGCCGACCGACAGACCCGAAAUAUGGCUCGCAUUCUCCUGGCAGCCACCAGCGCCCGGCCUAACGAAUGAGAAAAGAGAUUGAGACAACUGGCAGAAGGUAAGCUGAAACCCAACCCCCAAGAAAAACCAAAGUUAGGACGGAACCAGUGUGCAUAUUGUAAGAAAGAAGGACAUUGGGCUAAAGAUUGCCCUAAAAAGUUCAAACAAGGAACCAACGAUUUGGCUCUGGGGAACCUGAGCAACUAG